AUGGAGUCCAGCAACCCAGCUCUUCUGGCCGCGCUUCCUGCCGACGGCGCCGUCGCCCAAGCGCUCUUCAUGGCCCAUGGCACUGGGCUAUGCGUCCGCUGCUGCAUGCGCUUCGCCGGCGUCAGCGACGAGAAGCUCUACCGGCGUCCCACCGCCGAGCUUGCAGCCACGUGGGCAGCCUAUGCGGCGCAGCAUGCGCAAGUCGACCUUGCCGCUUCCGAAGACGCGGCCAACUGCACGGUCUGCCUCAACAUCUUUGAAGGCCUUUUGUCGCCGGAAGGCCUGGCGAUGGUCGAGGCCAGCGUCCGCGACAGCGGCUACACGACGACAACGUUCCUCAUUGCCAUCAAGAUCCCGAGCUCGGUGCUCAUCCGCCAGCAUGCGCUUCUGCAGUACCUCAAGACGAAGCUCCACCCUGUCGACUUGAAGGAAGUGCUCAAGUGGUGCAUUACGCCCGUCUUUGCGUCCUUCUUGGGCGACGCGACGUACGACGCAUCGAGCGAUCUCACGGUGAACCUGCAGUUUGGCCACCCGCUCUCGGAAGCCGAGGCGAUGCAGCUGCCGUCGCUCCGCGACACGAUCAUGCAAAACAAGAAGCGCAAGCUCGAGAUCGACGGCUUUGGCGCCGUCUCCCGCGCGCUCUACAACCUCCACGUGCUGCCGGCGGGCGUCCCGAGCCCGCCGACUCGCACCCAGUCGGCUGCGUCCAUCACGGUCUCGGUCGAGCGGGCGCCAGUCUACGUCGCGGGUCGGUACCUCAAGUUUAUGCGCGGUCUGAGCCAAACGCCCUGGGUCCUCGAUGGCGAGCGUAUGGGCGACUCGUCGGUCGAAGAGGCGAUUGGCGAAAUCAUUGCGCCCAUGUUUGGCACCAAGUCGUACAAGUUCCACACUGCCGGUCGCGAAGACGUGGACGUGCGCAUGCUCGGGAACGGUCGGCCGUUCAUCCUCGAGCUCCUCGACGCCAAGGUGGCGACGCUGGCGGCCGAUAUGUACGCUACGGCCCAGGACCAAGUCAACGCUGCCAACGUCGACAUUGUCGAGAUCCGCGAACUCACGUCGGCGACUAAGGAGGGCUUUGCCGCGCUGCAGUCGGGCGCCGACUCGAAGCGCAAGACGUACUGCUGCGUUGUCUGGACGUCCGGCGUGCUCACGCCCGAGCGCGUCGCGCUUCUCAACGGAAUUUCCGACUUGCGCGUCGGCCAGAAGACGCCCGUGCGCGUGCUCCACCGACGCACGCUCCUGACGCGCCCCAAGGUCAUCCACGACGCCAGCGUCGAGGUUCUGAACGACCACUACAUGCUCCUCCGCCUCACCACGUCCGCGGGCACGUACGUCAAGGAGUUUGUGCACGGCGACCUCGGCCGCACGCACCCCAACGUCGCCUCGCUCCUCGGCUGCGACGCGGACAUUUUGCAACUGGACGUGGAAAACCUCAUUGACGGCCAGCCUGGUGACGACGCCGACGUCGACAUGGACGACGAAUAG